AUGUUUUUCAAAAGAUGCCUGGCAUCAUCGGUUCAAAAGAUAAAGGUCAAGACCCCAUUAGUGGAACUGGAUGGCGAUGAAAUGACCCGUAUUAUCUGGGAUCGUAUCAAGUCGAAGUUGGUUCUGCCGUAUGUGGACGUCGAUUUGAAAUACUAUGACCUUUCCAUCACCAAUAGAGACAAAACGGACGAUCAGAUUACUCACGAUGCAGCUCACGCAAUUUUGAAAUAUGGCGUGGGCGUCAAGUGCGCCACUAUCACACCCGAUGAGCAGCGCGUGGAAGAGUUCAAAUUGAAAAAAAUGUGGAGAUCGCCAAACGGAACAAUCCGCAACAUUUUGGGUGGCACUGUGUUCCGCGAACCCAUUGUAAUCCCACGCAUCCCUCGUCUGGUGCCAGGAUGGGAAAAACCCAUCAUUAUCGGCCGUCAUGCACAUGGCGACCAAUACAAGUCCACCGAUGUCGUAAUUCGCAAACCGGGCACUUUAGAACUCGUGCACAAGCCAGCAGACGGGUCGGAUCCCGUGGUCAUGCAAGUGUACGACUACAAGGCCCCGGGUGUGGCAUUGGCUAUGUACAACACCGAUGAGUCCAUCCGUGGAUUUGCACACGCCUCGUUCAAGCUGGCCCUUUCCAAGCAGCUCAAUCUGUUCCUCUCAACCAAGAACACAAUUUUGAAGCAGUACGAUGGCCGUUUUAGAGACAUUUUCCAGGAGCUGUACGAUUCCACCUACAAAACUGAGUUCGAGAAGUCUGGCAUUUGGUACGAGCACCGUUUGAUUGACGACAUGGUAGCUCAAAUGAUCAAAUCCAAAGGUGGGUUCAUCAUGGCACUCAAGAACUACGACGGAGAUGUGCAAUCUGAUAUCGUGGCUCAAGGUUUUGGCUCUUUAGGUUUGAUGACAUCGGUUCUCAUCACUCCGGACGGCAAAACUUUUGAGAGUGAAGCUGCUCAUGGAACGGUCACCAGGCAUUUUAGACAACACCAGCAGGGCAAGGAAACGUCCACGAACUCCAUUGCGUCCAUUUUUGCCUGGUCCAGAGGUCUAGCCAAGCGUGGAGAGCUCGACAACACCCCAGAGGUGAUUAAAUUUGCCCACAAACUAGAAGAUGCCACAUUGAAGACCGUGCAGGAGGAUGGGAUCAUGACAAAGGAUUUGGCUUUGGCUUGUGGAAACAGCGACCGCUCAGCUUACGUUACCACGGAAGAGUUUUUGAGUGCUGUGGAAAAGAGACUAGAGAAAGAGCUCGUCUAA